CAGCCCCGUAGAACACAUCGCGCAGAGGUGUCUCUCGACCGGCCAUUAUACUUGUCGCUCUCAGCGCGUAGCUACCCACUACGCAACGAUACCGCACUAAUGCGUAAUAGGAACAGCCCUCGAAGAGGAGGAUUACGUCCUAUAGAAGACAUCGGAUGCUCUCUUUGCCGCGAUCGACGCGUCGUAGGCGCAUCAUCUCGACUCUCCGCGAUAUCCCGCACCUAACCUAAGCCUCGUUCACCCUAUAUAUGCAACGCACAAUGACCGUCAUCCAACUGGAAGCGUCUCUCGGUGACGCGAUCAAAAGGCAAAGACCGUCCGAUCGAGUCGAGCGGGCCAAUGAAUGGCCGAGUCAGCGGUCACGUGAUAAGCCGACCGCGAAUGGGGCGCUCGCGGCCAGCUCGCAUAGCGCUAGGUGCGGAACGCCGAACGAGCGAGACUCUAUAGCUCAGUCGGACAUUUUGCCCUGACAAGCAAGCGGCGGCCAUCGUCUUUCUCGCGCGCCGCCGCCGACGAGAGAGAGAGGGAGCUCCGAGAGCCGCGGCAGCGCAAAAAGCAUCGCGCGUACAAGAGAGAGUGAGCGCGAGAGAGAGAUAGAGACACCCACACGGCACUGGCAGGCAGCAGGCAUCAGCAGCGAGCGCAGCAGACACGUAUACACAAAUACAGAGCGCAGUCGCAAGAGCGCGAGAGAGAAAGAGCGAGUGCGAGACUCUCGGCGCGCGCUCGGUUCCCCCGUGCUCUCAGUGUAUAUACCGCGAGAGAGCGCGUACAGUGUCUCUCGGAGCGAGCUGCUGGUGCACACACGGGAGAGAGCGCGCAAGAGUGGGUCUACACAGCGAGAGCGAGCGGAGAGAGCAGCAGCAGUGAGCGGCCGCCAUUUUGCUGUGCUCCUCGUCGUGUGUGUGUCGUGCUGUGCACGAGAGAGAGAGAGAUAGAGCGAGCGCGCCAGAGAGAUCAGCAGCGGAGCAGCGGAGCAGCGACGGACAUCGGCGUGUGUGCGCGCGCCAGAGCGGGAACUACCGGAGCGCUAGUGCCAGCCAGGAGCACCCUGGCGCACCAGGAGUCGCCGGUCCAGAAGACGACGAGGCCACGCACCAGCCACCGCCAGCAACGUCGUCGUACAGUAGUAGUCGCCAACUACUACCUACUGCAGCGCCCCACUGCCGAGCGAGAGACGUAGAGCGAGACGGACGGAGAGGAUCGCGCGCGCGCCACCCAGGCACCGUCCCCCAGGAGUCGCCGCCUCGUCGAUUCAGCAGCCCAUCGGGCAGUGCGCGUCGCUCGAGGAGGAAGCGCAGGCAGUAGGAAGCGUACGAGGGAGGAAGGAAGGCCUAGAGGAACCAGCGCGGAGCGCGGCCAGAGCAAGCGCGGAGCAAGAGAGAGAGAGAGAGAGAGAGGGAGAGAGCGCUGGCGUCUGUAGUGCCGCGCGCCGCCGCCGCCGCCGCCGCAGCCGCAGCCGCAGCCGAGGCUUCCUCUAGCAGCGGUUCGCGGGGACGACGUAGCAGCAGGAGGCAGGGCUCGAGUUAGCGCCGCCGAGCGAAGCGUUCUCCGACUCUCAACACAAACUCGCACGGACGACCCGGGAAGAGCAGUGGCUGCACCCGGGGAACGGCCCGCUUUUUAUUUCCACCCGCCGCCAGGAGGUGCUCCUCCGCGCCAGAACGGAAAGUCAGAGCGCGGGCAGCAGCCGUCUGCCAGUGAUUGGAGCUCCUGGUGACAGAAGUUAGCCCGAGACAGCAGCAACAGCGGCGCGUUGUUUUGUAUUAUAUGUGUGCCCGCGGUGUGUGUGUAAACAGAAACGCGUGUGCGAGAUGUGUCUCGAGGAGCCGAGUGGUGCGCGCUUUUAACGGAGCAGCAGCCCCGGCGGUGUUUUAAAUCGUCAGCGACAAUCGGAAGAGCGGCAGCAGAAGCGAAAGAAGUGAAAGAGGAAGUGAGCCAAGACAGAGGCAGUAAGCACGAGGAUGCCCAAUGGUUGAUGCGGCCGGCGGAGGCAGAGGAGCCGGAGGGCGCAAGAAGCCGAAGCAGCAGGAGGUGCAGCGAGUCUCCGCAUUAUCGUCAUCAACAUCAACAGCAGCCGGGAGAAGGCGUAGAAGAGGUGGAGGAGGAGGUGGCCUCUGGGCACGAGGAGGCGAAGGAGGAUUCACGGGGAGCAGCCGACGCUGCUGCUCCGCUAGCCCGAUGAUCUCGCCGCCCCCGGACGAGGCCGAGCUGCGGGUCCUUCGUCGUUAUUGUUGAUAGCCGCAGCAGCAGCAGCAGCAGCAGUAUUGUUAUAUUUUACUUCUACUAUCUCCGUUAUACACGCGUACACUCCCAAGAUACAAUCGUCGUGUGAAAGUGCGCGGAGAAUAACCGACGAAGACGAGGAGGAGACGACGACGUUGCGCGCGCGCGGUCGCGCGGACGGACGGACAUUUUCCGCGGACGAGAGCAGCAGUGCGCGAGGAGAGCGGUGCGAAGUAGAGAGAGAGAGAGAGAGAGAGAGAGAGAGAGAGAAAGAGAGACAGAUAUACAGGAGGCGGGAGCAAAGUGUGUUUUGUUGUGCGUGUGUGCAGUGACUGCUGGUGUGUGGUACUGCACGGCGCGCGAGUUUACGCGACUCGCGGCUCGCAGAAGAAGUAGAAGAACAAGAAGUACGAGCAAAGGACUUUGCGAGGAGAAAGACUGUGGCAGCCGACGAGGAGACUGACGGCUGACCAGGAAGCAUGGCCGACCACCUUGUCGACGGGCCGCCUAGCAAGCGGCCCAAGCUCAAUGAUCCUUUCCAGGGCUCCUCGGACUCGUCGAUGGGUAUGGCGCCUCUAAUGAUGCACCAUGCACAAUUUGCAAACUACGGGGGAGGUGGCAGUGGUAACGUGCAGCAAAUGCUACAUAUACAACAGCAUCAACCACUACAAGUGCAACACCAUCAGAUGCAGCCACUUUGGAACAACCACAGUCAAAAAAGAAAUUUCAUGACAAACACAGACAUGUUUGAUCUUGAAAAUGAUCUACCCGACGAUCUGCUGUCGACGGGCUCGUGGGGCUCGGCGACGGAAAGCGCUAAGCCUCCAGCCACUGGACCAGGGCCUGGACAACAAAACGGGGCACUGGAUUCGGAUCUACGUCACGUGCAACAGCAGCAGCUUUCACAUCAUCUCAUUCAGCAACAGCAGGGCAACAAGAAUCUAGUGGCAAACUCGCUGGUGAUGGCGGGUAACGCGCUUGGCAGCAAGUCGCCGAACAUGCAGUCGCCGCCGAACGUCUCGGCGGUGUCGAAGAACGUCGUGGACCCGCAGAUGGUCGUGUCGCUGGGAAAUCUACCGAGCAGCAUCGCGAGUUCGCUGGCUAAUAAUCAGCAACAGAUGUCGAUGGCUAACUCGAUGGGUGGCGCCGGUAGCGGACUUCAGACGUCCAUGAGUAUGCAGCAGCAGCAGGCUAAUGCUAACCAGCAGCAGCAACAACAACAGCAACAGCAACAGCAGCAGCAGCAGCAACAGCAGAAUCCCGGUGGUAUGUCGAUGAACCCGGGCGGCAUGAACUCCGGCCUAGUCAUGACGAGUAGCGGCGGCGCCACCGUCGCCGGCAGCAACAACAGUAUGAGCGGUAUGGCCGGUGGAAAUCUCAUCGUGGCCAACAGCCUGAACAAGCAACCUUUGAACACGGUGACGAUGAUGGGCGGCCCCGUGAACGCUCAGGGUAUCCAUCACGCAGGUGGUCAGCACGGCGUCGGCCAGAUGCAGAAUGGACCCGCCGGAAUGAUCAACGCCCGAGUGGCCAUGCAGCAACAGGCGCACAUGGUCGCAGGGCCUACCAGGGGUCAAAGCCCUCAUCAGCAGGUGCACCAGCAGGUUGGCAUCGUGCCCGGACCUGGUGGACCUAGGAUGCAGGCACCACCCAAUAUCUCCAAUAUGACCAACAUGGGACAGAUGACCGCGGCUAACAGUCCUUACGGAUAUGGUUCGCCAGGUGGCGGUCCAGGUCCAGUUGGAGCGGGCCCUGCGGUGGGUGUAGUUACGCCACAGCAGCGUGGUGUUGCUGCAGGUAUGGCCAUGCAGGUGAACCGAUUUGGUGGUGGGCCAGGAGGCACCGGACCAGUUGGUCCUCUGGGGGCCGGUGGCGCCGGUGUACCCGGUGGUCAGGAAGGCGGUAUGGCCCAGCAGGCUCAGCCACCGGCACCCAGUCCGGCCCAGCCGCAAAGUGGUGCGCCCAGUGGCGGACAGCCCGGGCCACAACAGGCCACACAGUCGCAGGUGCCCGGCGUUGUUAAUCAGCAAAGGGCGCGACCAGUGACGGCAGAUCCAGAGAAGCGCAAGCUCAUUCAGCAGCAGUUGCUUCUUUUUCUGCAUGCGCACAACUGCCAGCGCCGUGAGAGCCAGGCUAACGGCGAGCAAUGGCAGUGCAACUUACCCCAUUGCAAAACCAUGAAGAAUGUGCUAAACCACAUGUCGAGUUGCCAGGCAGGAAAGCACUGCACGGUGCCACAUUGCAGCUCGUCUCGACAGAUCAUCGGUCACUGGAAGCACUGCACGCGGAAUGACUGCCCGGUCUGUCUGCCACUCAAACAGGCUGAAAAGAACUGGCAUUCCACCGGUGCUGCAGCAGCUCAACCUAAUAGUCAAGCGAGCCCUAGUCCAUCGGAUAUGAGGAGAGCGUACGACACCCUUGGUAUCGCUGCGCCAACAACGACGCAACCCGGCCUGCUGCCUGCUCAAGGCGUCGGCCGAGGCGUUAGGAUGGCGACCCCAGGUAUGCAGGCCCAACCAGGUGCAAUGGCCAACGUCAGGCUAACGCAACGUGAAGCUCCAGUAGGUCCAGGCCAGUCGGUUGUGGGCGGCUCACAACAGGUCGUCGCGCCGAACGUUUCGCUACCCCUGAGUUCGGAUCCGUCCGCCGUGACCGCUGCGGCUGCGGCAGUCGCGAGCCAAUCGACGCCGACGAGCGGUACUGCCGGUACGUCUGGCAACCAACCCUCGGCAGCUGCAGCCGCUGCCGCUGCUAACAUCCAGCAGCAGCUCUUCGGGCUGACCGAGGGACAGCCGGCAGGUCUCAUGAACGACGGCAACAGGCUAUCGAAUCUCCAGCUACCCGGCGGUCUGCAACCUGGCCAAGUCACUGCGACGCCCGUCCAGGGCACCAAGGAGUGGCAUCAAUCAGUCACGCCCGAUCUCAGAAACCAUCUUGUACAUAAACUUGUGUGCUUCCUAUAUUCUAGGGUCCAAGCGAUAUUCCCUACCCCUGACCCUCAAGCUAUGCUAGAUAAGAGAAUGCACAACUUAGUUGCAUACGCCAGAAAAGUUGAAGGUGACAUGUACGAAGCUGCCAACUCAAGGUCGGAGUAUUACCAUCUAUUAGCCGAAAAAAUCUACAAGAUACAAAAGGAACUCGAGGAGAAACGUCAAAAGCGCAAGGAACAACAGUUGCAAGCGCAACAACAACAACAACCACCGACGCCCGGUACUGCUGGCUCCAGUUUAAGGCCGUGCGCGCCCCCGGGGAUGAAUGCCGGAGGCCCAGGGGUACCAAGGCCCAUUAGCGCUGUCCAACCGUCACUGCGCAGCCAUUCGCCUGGUAUGGGCCAACUAGGGUUGCCUGGUAUAGGCAUGCCACAGAACCGUAUGCAAUUUAAUCAGCAAGCGCAGCAAAUUCAGGCGCAACAGGUUCAGGCUCAGCAGCAGCAAGUACAGUCUCAGCAGCAGCAACAGCAGCAAGGGAUGAUGGUAGGUCCAGCGGGUCCAAGUCCCAAUGGCCAAUCUGUCUCUAACGCAAACAUGGUAGCGAAUCCGGGCUUGAGUCCGUUCGGGCAACCCCAGAUGUCUCAGGCGAACCUCACCACGACCACGGCAUCCGUGACGACUAGUCAAUUCCCAACGUCCAACGGCACGACGGGCCUGUCCAAUAAUUCGCCUAUACACAAUCAAAGCCAAUUUACCGAGAUCAUGAAAGUCAGAAUAGCACAGGUUCAGGCGGCUCAAGCUGUCCAACAACAGCAGCAGCAGCAACAGCAACAACAACAACAGCAGCAGCAGCAACUGCAACAUCAGCAGCAGACUCAGCCGACGAGUACAUCGAAUCAAAACGUAACGGCUACCUCGAUACCCCAAGCCCAAUCGCCGUUUGGCAGUAUGCAGCAACAGCAGCAGAAUCAACAGCAAAAUCAGCAACAGCAGUUCCUCGUCAAUCGUCCGCUCUCGGCCACGACGCCGAACGAUAAUGGGCUGGCGGUUUCGACACCACAGACCAUACCACCUCCCGCGUCCAGCGGACCCAGUCCUGGUGCCACGCCCAUGACGAAUGGACCCCAGUCGACGACAUCCACGCCCAACACGCCGCUUGUACCCUCGCUCAUGACACCCUCACAGGUGGUAACGAGUGCAAAUCAAACGCCGCCGCAUCCUGGCACGACUCCGUCCCCGGCGGGUCUGGGUAAGGGGAUGUCUUCGCAAGAGCGGGCAGCUCUUAAUGCGCCUCGAAGUUCCUCCAUGUCGUCGCAGAUGGCUGCGAUCACAGCUGCCCUCGACCGCGAUAACUCACCCAGUCCGCCUACAAACAACAAUAAGGGCAAGCUUGAUACCAUCAAAGAGGAGACUAACAUCAAGAUGGAGAUGGACCAAGAAGAAGUUAGCGAUAAUCUUCGAUCGGAUGCAGGCAGUGGUAGCGGCAAGAACGUUAACAAUGACAUGACCAGUGCCAGUCAAAUGAAAAUGGAUAUCAAACAGGAGCCUAUGGACGAAGGCGAGUCUGGUGCUACUGGUAGUGGACACAUCAAGGAGGAGAUUAAGGAGGAGAUGGUGUCAGGCAUGGGUCAAGAAUCCUCGAGUAGCGACAUUAAACCAGCAAUGCCUGAGCCUAUCCCACCAAGUGGUAGUUCGACCGAUAAGAAGCCGCUGUGCCUGUUUAAGCCCGACGAGCUGCGACAGGCUCUUAUGCCCACCCUUGAGAAACUCUACCGGCAGGAUCCUGAGUCGCUGCCAUUCCGGCAACCCGUUGAUCCCCAAGCCUUGGGUAUCCCUGACUACUUUGACAUUGUCAAAAAGCCUAUGGACCUAUCGACGAUCAAAAGGAAACUAGACACGUCUCAGUACAGCGACCCUUGGCAGUACGUUGACGAUGUGUGGAUGAUGUUUGAGAAUGCCUGGUUAUAUAAUCGCAAGACUUCCAAAGUUUAUAGAUAUUGUACAAAGUUAUCGGAAGUCUUCGAAAAAGAAAUAGACCCUGUGAUGCAAGCGCUAGGUUAUUGUUGCGGCAGAAAAUACACGUUUAAUCCCCAAGUACUGUGCUGUUAUGGUAAACAGCUUUGCACGAUUCCAAGGGAUGCGAAAUACUACUCCUAUCAGAACAGAAGUGUAAAAACGUAUACUAUUGUUUCUGACAGAUACACCUUCUGUCAAAAAUGUUUCAACGACAUUCCGGGAGAUACGGUGACGUUAGGUGACGAUCCCACUCAGCCACAAACUAUUAUCAAAAAGGAAGAGUUUCAAGAAAUGAAAAAUGACCACUUGGAACAAGAGCCUUUUGUUAUGUGCACAGAUUGUGGUAGAAAAGUGCAUCAAAUAUGUGUAUUACAUAUGGAAGCAAUCUGGCCUGCAGGAUAUACUUGUGAUAAUUGUUUUAAGAAGAAAGGCCAAAAGCGCAAAGAUAACAAGUUUAGUGCAAAACGUCUACCUGUGACGAAGCUCGGCACGUACAUCGAGACACGAGUCAAUAACUUCCUGAAAAAGAAAGAAGCCGGUGCUGGUGAGGUGUCUAUUCGCGUUGUCGCCUCGAGCGACAAGGUUGUCGAAGUCAAACCUGGAAUGAAGAGUCGAUUUGUUGACAACGGUGACAUGCCGGGCGAAUUUCCUUACCGAGCCAAAGCAUUGUUUGCUUUCGAAGAGGUUGAUGGUACCGAUGUUUGCUUCUUUGGCAUGCAUGUACAGGAAUAUGGAAGCGAGUGUACGCCACCAAACACGAGGCGAGUUUACAUUGCCUACCUUGACUCGGUGCACUUUUUCAAGCCUCGGCAAUUCAGGACAGCAGUCUACCACGAAAUUCUUCUCGGCUACCUAGACUACGCGAAACAACUUGGAUAUACUAUGGCCCAUAUUUGGGCGUGUCCGCCAUCGGAAGGCGACGACUAUAUUUUCCACUGCCAUCCUACAGAUCAGAAAAUUCCAAAACCCAAGAGAUUACAAGAGUGGUAUAAAAAAAUGUUGGACAAGGGUAUCGUUGAAAGAAUAGUAGUUGACUAUAAGGAUAUAUUAAAACAAGCAAUGGAAGAUAAGUUGUCGUCUGCCGCGGAAUUACCAUACUUCGAAGGUGACUUUUGGCCUAACGUUCUCGAAGAGAGCAUAAAGGAAUUGAAUCAGGAAGAGGAAGAAAAGCGUAAGCAGGCCGAGGCUGCGGAAGCAGCGGCUGCUGCUAAUGCUAUAUUCUCAUUAUCGGAGGAUUCGGAAACUGGACCUGACGGCAAAAAGAAGGGACAAAAGAAAGCGAAAAAAUCGAAUAAAUCCAAAGCUAAUCAAAGAAAGAACAGCAAAAAAUCGAAUACUCCGCAAACUGGAAACGAUCUCUCGGCUAAAAUUUUUGCCACCAUGGAAAAGCAUAAAGAAGUAUUUUUCGUAAUUAGACUUCACAGUGCACAAAGUGCGGCUAGCUUGGCGCCAAUUCAAGAUCCUGAUCCAGUUUUAAACUGUGACUUGAUGGAUGGCCGUGACGCUUUCCUCACAAUGGCAAAAGAAAAGCAUUAUGAAUUUUCGUCGCUUAGGCGAGCAAAGUUCAGUUCAAUGUCUAUGUUAUACGAAUUGCACAAUCAAGGAUCAGAUAAAUUUGUUUAUAAUUGUAAUAAAUGUAAGAGCCACGUCGAAACGAGGUAUCACUGUACCGUAUGCGAUGACUUCGAUUUGUGUCUGAGUUGUAAAGAAAAAGAAGGACACCCGCACCAUAUGGAGAAACUUGGUUUGGACUUGGAUGAUGGUUCGUCGCCGUCCGAUGCAAAACAAGUCAAUCCUAUCGAAGCGCGAAAAUUUUCGAUACAAAGGUGUAUACAGUCUCUGGUGCAUGCAUGCCAGUGCAAGGACGCGAACUGUCGAUUAGCCAGUUGCCAGAGAAUGAAGAGGGUAGUGACGCACAUAAAGACCUGCAAGAGGCGAACGAGCGGUGGCUGCCCGAUCUGCAAGCAGCUUGUUGCACUUUGCUGUCAUCAUGCAAGGCACUGUCAGGAGGCCAAAUGUCCGGUGCCUUUCUGCUUCAACAUCAAGCACAAGCUCAAGCAGCAACAACACCACCAACGCCUACAGCAAGCUCAGUUACUAAGGCGAAGAAUGGCUGUGAUGACGAAUACACGACCGACCGGCUCAGAGUCUGGGGUACAGUCUGGUCCACCCCAGGCAAAUCCUUCUAUGACGACGGGCGUCGCGAUGAAACCAGCCCUCGUUGCAGCUGGUCAUCCCACCGCUCACCAUCAGCCGGGUAUUGGUAUGAAACCAGGUCCGCAAACUCCACCUGCUCACGUACUGCAGGUCGUUAAGCAAGUACAAGAAGAGGCGGCUCGGCAGCAAGCGCCCCACGUUGGUUAUGGCAAGGUCACACCUGCAGGCGUUGGUCUCGGGGCCAGCGUGGGAGUUGGUGUUGGUCAGGUUGGCCAACCGACAGGAGUAAUGCCACCGCCACAGAUGCAAAGGCCCAUGCCAGCACAAAUGGUCAAUCCUCAAGGCACGCAUCUCAUAUCCAUGGAUCAAUGGACACCGAACAGCAAUACGCUAUCGAACUUUAGAUAUCAGCCUAAUGCGGUGAUGCAGCAAAAUGCGGGCCUGAGGCAGCAGGCACCGCAAUUGCUGCAGCAACAACAGCAUCCACAACAGCAACAACAACAGCAACAACAACCGCAGCAGCAACAGCAGCAACCAGGUCAGCCUGGUAUAGGCGGCAUGGGUGGACAGAUGCCCAGGCAACCCGGAGUGAUUGGUGGGCCCGCGGGUCAGGUGGGUCAAAACGCGAUUGGAAAACAGGCGCUGCAACAACUUAUGCAGACUCUUAGAAGUCCAAACACGCCCGAGCAACAAAACCAAAUACUCCACAUACUCAAAAGCAAUCCACCUCUUAUGGCUGCUUUUAUCAAACAACGCCAAGCACUUGCGCUGCAGCAACAGACGGGUCAGCAUGGCGGAAAUGCUGGACCGCUGGGUCCUAGUCAAUCCCAGCAACAGCAGCAGCAGCAACAACAACAACAGCAACAACAGCAACCAGGCCUACAUAUGAUUACGCCGCAGCAACAACAACAGCAGCAAACGCCUCAAAGUCGCAUGCAGAUUCAAGCUAUGCUGAGUCAGCAGCAACAACAACAGCAGCAACAGCAGCAGGGUCAGCAGCAGGUAUCGACUGUGCAGCAACAGCAACAACAGAAUCAAUGGUACAAACAGCAGCAGCAGCAGAUAUUGUUGAUGCAAAGGCAGCAGGCAGCGGUAGCGGCGGCCGCGGGAUCUCAGCCAUUCACACAGCCGUCUGCGCCACCGUACGGUCAACAGAGGCCUAUCAGGCCACCUAUGCUAGGUUACAGCGGAUUUGCCGAUCAGGCAUACGGACAACCGGGUCUAAAGCCAACGCCACCUCCCGUCCCUUCGCCUCAGGGCGUAAUGGGUCCACCUGGGAUCUCGUCGGUGCAACAGCAGUUAAUGCAAUCGGUCCGUUCACCGCCGCCGAUUCGCUCGCCUCAGCCUAAUCCUUCGCCGCGACCCGUGCCGUCGCCGCGCAAUCAACCCGUGCCGUCGCCUCGCGCUAAUCCUGUACCUUCGCCGCACCAUCUUCCCGGUGGCGGUGGGGGCCAUGUAACGCCGACCCAUUCGCCGGCUCACGAGCUAGGCGGCCCCAGCGAAAUGAUGCUGUCACAGCUCAGUCAGGCAACGGGUUCUCAAGCCCCUGGGCCCGGACAGGCACACCCCUCGGCGAUGCCGCAUCAUCCGUCACCUGCCCCUCCUAAUCAAGGUGGUGGUCAGGACGCUAACGAUGUAACACCUAUGACGCCCCAGGAUCAACUGUCCAAGUUCGUCGAAGGAUUGUAGUGACCGUUGCUCACUGCUGCUAAUGCCGCUGACGACGAUUCUGUCGAAGAUAACGACGUCGCUGUUGAUGGCAUAACCAGAGGGAAAGAUCCUUGUAUAGUUUAUACAUAUAUAUAUAAAGAAUGUCGCGCGAGCUCUGCGCUUAUGGAACACCGAGAGAAAGAGAGAGUGGCACCAGACGGUGGUGCUGAUCGAGGAGGUGACAAGUUUCUUUUAAAAUGGACACUUGCUAGUGCGUGACCCUUGUUGCUUUGUGUUGUUGCCCCGUCAUCCGCGAGUGCUCACUCUCUCUUUUUUCUCGCACUCAAUUUACUUUUUGUAUUUCGUCGACGAUGCGCCGAAAUUCCCGUUUAUACAUAAACAUAUACACAUAUGUGCGCGCGUGUGUGGCUGUGUGUCUGCCUGUAUGUAAGUGUAUUAUUUCUAUGUAGGUGUAUGUAUAUGAAGGGGAGAGAUAAUGACGUGAGCGGACAAUUUUCCUAUAGAGGCGACUUUUAAAAGAGUUAAACACAAAAGUAUGAUUGCACGUGCCUCGCGUGUGAACAUCAAAGUACUAUAUAUAUACAUAUUAUAUAUAUAUAAAUCUUUUUAAAAGAAUUCCACACAUGUACAUCCUCUAUACUUAUCUGACGUAUCCUGUCCCUGGUAUCCUUUUUUCAACCCCCGUCCUCGUGAGACACAAAAACUCACGUACCAUCCCAUAAGUAAGCUAUUUUACUAUACCGAAUGUCUUUAUCUUCUAUAUAAACAUACUUUCUUUUUUCCUUGCUGCUGUUAUUUGCGCGAACGCAGGUUUAAGUGAAAUCGUACAAAUGUGUUGUGUAUACUUAACGUUAAAUAUUAUUAAUAUUUCAAUAUUGAUGAUGAUCAUGAUGAAGAUAAAAGGCAAAAUAAUACUACUGUAGCGACUAUGCAGUUAUUACCAUUACGUAUAUGUAUUAUAUAUUAUUGUGACAAACAGAAACGCAAAGAUAGGCAAUGAAUUUUCUUAUACGAAGCGAGAGUGGACGAUUAUUAAGAGAAAUAACGAUGGAAAACAGAUUCAACAAUCCGCGUAUUGUAAUGUUUUAAAUUAAGAGUAGAGAGGAUAGAGAAUUAAACAAAUAAAUGAACAAUUUAUGAGUGCAACGUGAUGAAUAAAAAAGCGUAAAGUAAUUAUAAAACUGAGUUUUUAGAGCCCAGAGUUAUUAAGCGAAAAUGUUAGUUAUAAGGUCAUUUGUUAUUAAACAAAAAAAAUAAUGAUACAGAAGUGAUUGCGCUAAUUCAUGUUACAGAUAUGUCUAUAAAGAUAGGGAAAGGAAGAUAAAGAAACUGUGAGUGCAUGAAUGACAAAAUAUUAUACAGAAAUAAAAGAACCUAACGGCCAUUGCAAGUCGUUAACAAUGUAGCAACUAUUAUAUAAAGAAAUUUUACAAGAUUAUUACGAAAAUGAAGCAGAAAUACAAACCAACCAACAAAUCCGAUUAGAUUAUGUAUUUCUUCAGCGUUUCUUAUUUCGCGAAGAAUAGAGGGGCUCGAGACAACAAAAGUAUGCUUGUGUGUGGCACUUCAAGAUUGAGAACGAGCGCAUGAAAAUGAACUUAUAACGAAAAGGAACCGUACAGGCCAAGCGCAACCAAAUAUAUUAAUUAUCCGCAAACAAGAACAAAGGCAAACAAAAACGAAAAAUAAAUAGUAUGUAUAAUCGUCGUGAUGGACAAAAAACCUAUAAGACGUAUAUAAAAAACACAGGCUGCUAAUUUGCUAGUGACGAUGAAGAUGAUAGUGACGCGAAAUGAUUUAUAUAUUGCUAAGAACGUGUUGAUUAAUUUUCGAUGAGAGGAGCUGAUAAAGAAAGAAUGGCAUAAAAUGAACUCGGGGGGCCUCCUCCUACGAUUCAUUAAUUCUAUCUCUUUGCCUCCUCUCAUUUUUGUGUAAACUUUUCCUCUCUCUUUUAUUCUGCGGUCCACCCCCUCGCCCCCCACCUCCGUGCGUGUACAGUCCAACAAAAAUGUGUAGUUAUACUAAUAACUUAGCCAAAACGGUGGCGGGGGCCCCUUCGUAUAUAACACUCUGUAAAUAUUUAAAGAAAUUAUGAUUACGGUAAUAAUAAUUAUUAUUAAUAA